GGCUUCCCCGCUGCCCCGCACCCCACCCGCCCGCCUGCCACCCGCUCGCAACUUGGGUCAAGUUGACAAGUCCCGCGGCGGCGGCCCGCCGGCCCGCGCCGUCCCCGCCGCGCGCCCCUCCCCCGGGGUGAGAGGCAGCCGGCGCGGCGGCUCCGAAGACGCUCGGGCGGCGGCGGCUUGGCCAUGAGGGCAGCGCGCGCCGCCUGACUCGCGGCUGUCACCGCCGCCGCAGCGGGACCGGCCGGCCGGGCGGACGCCCCGGGGGGCGGGGGAGCCGGGCUGCGGGCCCCCGGGCGCCGCGAUGAACAUCGUGGUGGAGUUCUUCGUGGUCACGUUCAAAGUGCUGUGGGCGUUCGUGCUGGCCGCGGCGCGCUGGCUGGUGCGGCCCAAGGAGAAGAGCGUGGCGGGCCAGGUGUGCCUCAUCACGGGCGCGGGCAGCGGCCUGGGCCGCCUCUUCGCGCUCGAGUUCGCGCGGCGCCGGGCGCUGCUGGUGCUCUGGGACAUCAACACGCAGAGCAACGAGGAGACGGCGGGCAUGGUGCGCCACAUCUACCGCGACCUGGAGGCGGCCGACGCCGCGGCGCUGCAAGCUGGGAACGGCGAGGAAGAGAUCCUGCCCCACUGUAACCUGCAGGUUUUCACCUACACCUGCGACGUGGGGAAGAGGGAGAACGUCUACCUGACGGCAGAAAGGGUCCGCAAGGAGGUUGGCGAGGUCUCUGUCCUGGUCAACAAUGCCGGCGUGGUCUCCGGGCACCACCUCCUGGAAUGUCCUGAUGAGCUCAUUGAGAGAACCAUGAUGGUCAAUUGCCACGCACACUUCUGGACCACGAAGGCUUUUCUCCCUACGAUGCUGGAGAUUAAUCACGGCCACAUCGUGACGGUUGCGAGCUCCUUGGGGUUGUUCAGUACCGCCGGAGUCGAGGAUUACUGUGCCAGCAAAUUUGGAGUCGUGGGUUUCCAUGAGUCCCUGAGCCACGAGCUAAAGGCUGCUGAAAAGGACGGAAUUAAGACAACACUGGUGUGCCCGUACCUGGUAGACACCGGCAUGUUCCGAGGCUGCCGCAUCAGGAAGGAGAUCGAGCCUUUCCUACCCCCUCUGAAGCCCGACUACUGCGUGCAGCAGGCCAUGAGGGCUAUCCUCACCGACCAGCCCAUGAUCUGCACGCCCCGCCUCAUGUACAUCGUGACGUUCAUGAAGAGCAUCCUUCCUUUCGAAGCCGUGGUGUGCAUGUAUCGGUUCCUAGGAGCGGACAAGUGUAUGUACCCCUUUAUCGCUCAAAGAAAACAAGCCACAAACAAUAACGAGGCGAAAAACGGCAUCUGAGAAUCAUUUUUGGGUGGAGCGCCAUUUCUCUAGGAAGAUGGUCAAGAUGUUUCCGUCCACCCACAUCAGCAUUACGGACAUUCUCGGGAUUCUAAAUUCGUGUGGACUUUUUUUUUUUUUAAUUAAUCAACUUUAAAAAAAAUAAAGUGUACAUUAACCGA